AAUAGCGUAGAUCUACAUAACCUGUCACUGCAACACAAAAGAAGAUCAACAAGUGAGAGACAAGGAGAGAGAGAUGUCGAACACCAGUGAUUAUACUUCAAAAGAGAGUCUUACGAAUUUGUUCAAGGAGAUUUCUGUCGAUGAACAAGAACAAGAGAUAGCAAUACUCUCUAUCCUACUUGAAGGAAUUUCAGUUGAGAAACUCUCAGAUGAAGAACCUGAUGUGGAUUACAGGAUUCGAUCCUUUUCUGAGCUAUUCGACAAGCUUCCUUCUGAUUCUAUUUAUCCAACGGCUUUCUUCAACACUCAUCAUAUCCCUACUAAGUGGCUAAGAGCCGGCGGCAGAGUGCGAACUUUUCAACUUGUUGCAGGAGGAAAACCUGGAGCAUUAAUUCGACCAAAGCAAAGCAAGUCUUAAUUAUUUUUAUCUUUGCCAGAUCUGAUGACUUGGGUUUAAACUUAAAACUUUAUACUUCUGGAGAUGAUUUAAAUGUUUUUUAUAUGGUUGAUUAUGUGUAUUAUCGUUAAGUAGUAGAUUAUGGGCUUGCUAUUUUCAGUUAGCCAGUCAUGUAAUAAUAUCUAUUUGCCAAAUCAAAACACAUAAUAAAAGGAUGUAUGAUAGUAUUAA